AUGGCACAGUCAACAUCCUCGGCAAACUUGGUUCUCAUCACAGGCGCCACUGGACAUGUUGGCUUCAGAACACUGGUCCAUGCCCUCAGAACUGAUCUCACCGUCCGUGUCGCGGUGAGAUCAGAGGCCAAGGCAAGCCAGCUGCUUAGGCGCCUGUCUUUGAAGAUCACCAGCAAGCAACGUCAAAGACUCACCUACACUAUCGUCUCCGACAUCACCGCAGACGGAGCCUACGACGAUGCAAUGAACGACGUGACACAUGUCAUCCAUGUUGCUUCCCCUCUGGUGACAGGGUCCCAACAACCACCCAUCGAGAGCAAGCUGGCCGAGGACUUCAUCGGGCCCGCAGUACGCGGCACACGGAACCUCCUCGAGGCAGCAGAAAGCUGUGGCACCGUAAGGAGGGUCGUCAUCACCUCCUCGAUCGUGGCCCUCAUCCCAGUAGCCCAGAUGGAAGGCACCGAGCCACGGCCCAAAGACUGCCCGGUCAGGCCCACGGACCGCGUCCCCUUCACAUCGGGGCCGUACCACUCGGAAUUCGCAGCAUACGCCAACUCCAAGAUAGCCGCCCUCCACGCCGCGGAGACAUGGUGCGAGACAAUGCGGCCCGCCUUCGACGUCGUCCACCUGCACCCGUCCUUCGUCCUGGGCCGCAACGACAUGGCCUCCACUACAGCACAAUGCAUGAAGGGCACCAACGCCAUGGUCCUCGCGAUGCUCCUGGGCAAGCGGUUCGGCCCAUUUGCCGGCGCGACGGUGCACGUUGAUGACGUCGCGCGGUGCCACGUCGCCGCCGCCAUCGACACGGUGAACGUGCCCGGCAACGAGAGCUACAUCCUCAGCCAGCAGUCGAGGUGGAACGACGCAAAGGACAUGGCGGCUAAGUCGUUCCCUGCUGCGGAGAAGACGAGGUUGCUAGUAAAGAGCGGCAACGUAGGCACCACGGAGAUCGAGAUCGAUGCGAGCUUGGCUGAAGACACCUUUGGCCUUCGGUUCAAAGGCUUUGACGAGCAGGUCGAGAGCCUCGUGGGCCAGUUCCUGGAGUUGAAGACCAGCGCCGGCCAAAGCGGGCCGAAAAGGGUUUCGGGAAAGGGGGGCAAGAGCAAGCCAAGUGUGGAAGUAAAGGUGUACCCAGGUGAUGACGAUAUGUCCAGCGUGGAAGAAAAAGUUUACUCAGUUGACGAUAGGCCCAGCUUGCUGACGACGGUUAUUGUUGUUUAA